AUGGUAACUUAACAUAAAUAACUAGCACGCCUGCCAAUAAUUCAGAGAAUUGUUUAAGCGUGAAGGCUACCGCAUUUGUAGCAAAGGAGAGCUGUGUAAUCUCAUGCAAUCCCUAAAGCUAUCUCAUGAUUUCAUUCUUCCAAAAGUCCUUUACUGUGUGUGUAUUAGUACUGCCUUGCAUCUCGGAUCCAUGACUGAUGAUAGGAUGAUCAAUACUAGAGUCACCAAGUUGUUUUCAAUUGAAGCAAUUAUAUGA